AUGGAUAAGCCUAAAAAGCCGUCAGCCCCCUGCGCAGGGAUCAACACCAUGAGACGUGCGACGGCACACAAAGACAAGAGAUACGCCAAAGUCCUGUACACCUUCCGGCCGCGGGAGGAGAACGAACUGCACCUGGAGGCUGAUGACAUCAUCGAGGUUCUGGAGGGGGAAGAUGGCGGCUGGUGCUUGGGUUACCUGAGGGGCAGGAUAGGCCUGUUCCCCUCCAACUACGUCACGUUUCUCACCACUAGAGAAGCAUCUGUCUUCAAGUCAGAGGGGUCCAGCGAUUGCGACGAAAAACGUUCCAAGCGGAACACGUAGGUACUGCAGGAGAGGAGGAG